CGCACCGCACCGUCAGGGCUGAGCUGGAGCUGCCUGCAGCGCGCACAUAAAUACUCAUGAACUCAGACAUGUACUCCAAAAGCAGCCCGCGCAGAGGACGCUCCCUCGACACCGGCUACGAGGACAGACACCUUCAUCAUGAGAUAAACCGAGCGACGUUCAGCAGGAUCGAGGAGCACAGGAAGCUGACUUCACCCAGGAAGGGCCAGGCGGCCAUCUUGUUCUCCCUCAAGAGCGAGGUGGGCGGGCUCGUCAAGGCCCUCAAGCUCUUCCAGGAGAGCCACUACAAUAUCGAGCGUAAACGUCGUAACUCGGAGUUCGAGGUGUUUCUAGACUGCGAUAGCGACCAGGAGCAGUUGAGGGAGGUGGUGCAGCUACUGCAGACACACAUGAACCUGGCGGAGCUGGACCUCAGAGGCGACCUCAGCCUUCCAGAAGAAGAUAUGGAUGGUGUUCCGUGGUUCCCCAAGAAGAUCUCGGAUCUUGACCAGUGUUCUAACCGGGUUCUAAUGUACGGAUCCGAUCUAGAUGCAGACCAUCCGGGCUUCAAAGACGUUGUCUAUCGGAAGAGGAGAAAGUACUUUUCAGACCUGGCCAUGGGCUACAAACAUGCUGAGGCGAUCCCGCGCGUGGUGUUCACCAAAGAGGAGAUAGAGACGUGGGGCGUGGUCUACCGGGAGCUGAACGCCCUUUACCCCUCCCACGCCUGCAGGGAACACCUCCAGAAUCUCCCCCUGCUGGAGAAACACUGCGGCUACAGGGAGGACAACAUACCACAACUGGAGGACGUGUCACGAUUUCUUAAAGAGCGUACUGGUUUCACCAUCAGGCCGGUGGCUGGCUACCUGUCUCCGCGUGACUUCCUGGCAGGGUUAGCAUUCCGGGUGUUCCACUGCACCCAGUAUGUACGGCACCGCUCAGACCCACUCUACACGCCUGAACCAGAUACGUGUCAUGAGCUGCUGGGCCACGUGCCCCUGCUGGCUGAGCCCAGUUUCGCCCAGUUCUCUCAGGAGCUGGGGCUCGCCUCGCUGGGGGCCGACGACGAGUCCGUGCAGAAACUGGCCACCUGUUAUUUCUUCACAGUAGAGUUUGGGCUGUGUCGGGAGGAGGGCGGCCUGCGGGCCUACGGGGCCGGACUGCUCUCCUCCAUCGGGGAACUCAAGCAUGCCCUGUCAGGUGAGGCCCACAUCGUGAACUUUGACCCGGAUGUGACCAGUCAGCAGGAGUGCCUCAUCACCACCUUCCAGGACGUAUACUUCCUCUCAGGCAGCUUCGAGGAGGCCAAGGUCAAGAUGAGGGAGUUUGCUAAGACUAUAAAGCGUCCCUUCAGCGUGCGUUACAACCCGUAUACCCAGAGUGUGUGUGUCUUGAAGGACAUGCCCAGCAUCAACAGUGUGGUGGAGGAGCUGCGGCACGAGCUGGACAUAGUGGGAGACGCCCUGCACAGACUCAACCAGCACACAGGGGUCUAACACACACACACACACACA